AAGGUGGAGACGAGCAUGUGUGACGUCACCAAGCGCGACGCGAGACAGCGGCAUGGAAAUGAUCAGGAAGAAAUGGAGGGAAAUGCUGUACAGGGAUCAAAAGCGGCUGUAGCGGGCGCAUGCAGUACAGUUAAGCGGCUUCCUUUCCGCUCCCGCGAGAGUGUCGUGUCCAUUACAACUUGUAACUGUUACAUUUGGCGUUUAACGGUGGUAGUGACAGACGGUUGGAAGUGCUGUAUUGCAGUCUUUUUUAUUUGUGCCCAUGCGCAUUCACUUUCACGGGGCAGAGCGCUGUCCCUAAUUCGUGAGGCUGUUGGCAGCAAUAAUAAGCAGGCGUCUUUCGGCGGCUUAAAAUCAACCAGUUUGGGCGCUAAAAUGAAGACUUGUUAGCUAAGGUGCCACAUAAUUCCUGCCGGUUUGAAGUAAUAAAAAACAAGCGGCAGCUGUGUAGGGAAUCAGUUUGAAAAGUGAUACUUAGCUGCUGAUACCCCUGGAAGCUGGCAUUCCUAAUGGGAGCAUAUGUAUCUUUUCCCCAUAUCCUUUUGCUGUUUCUUGCUAAUGUCAUUCACUAAAGCCAUAAAAAGUGGAUGUUCGUGCAAGGGCAAGAGAAGCAUGAAUGGGAACCAUACACAAAACUAUUUCUGACAGACUAAAACCGCAAAUGAAUAUUGCAAGUUCAUCUUUUGCAUCCAACUGAAAUUGAAGGAAGCCAUUAUGUAUGCACUUUGUUCUCUCACUGACUUGAAUAACAGUUCUUAAUAUUUAUUGGAUCAUGUCCCUUAAUAUUUAUUGGAUCAUGUUAAUAUUUUGUCCCAGUUAUAACGCUGGUGAUGCUCACUUGGUGAAUAUCCCUGUUGUAGAUAUUGGAUCAUGAUCUUGUCACAACUUGCCUUUCUUCUAAAGUACGCUUUAUGGUGUGUGAACUAGGAUUUGAGAGAAAAGCAAACUAUGCUGUUCAUACCUUUGUAACAGGCAAUGCUCAAAUAUAUUGGAAAACAAUAGUAGAACAUGUACACUAUAGUGAAACAGAUCAUAGUGUGGAUUAUGUAAAAAGUGUGAGAUCUUUAGGACCCUUAUGUGAAUCUGUUCAUUUGCAUUUGCAAACCCUUACCAUGGAGCAAUUUGAAGAGCAGUUUGUGAUGUGGUUCCAGUGGACACGUUCCUCUGAGAUAUUUCUUGAGAUGUUUGGUAUUUUAAAAUGCCCACAUAGUACAGCAAUUGAGCUCAGUCUGAUGAAGCUUACAUCAUGUUUGGAGCGAGCCUUGGGUGAUGUGUUCUUACUAAUUGGCAAAGAUUGUCCUUUUCUUCUAAGAGAUCUGCUUGCAUCUUGGGAACUUUCCACAAUAUUUGGGCAAUCUGUGAUGGAUGUCCUAAGAGUGUUCAUUGGGUCUCCGGAUGGUCUGAAUCUUCGCAAUAUUUUGUGGCAUGGAUUUGCAUCUCCUCAAGAAAUUCCUGUAAAAUAUUCUUCUAUGCUGCUUCUUUUAACUGUAGGAUUGGGACAACUGCUAAAGAAUUACCUUCUGCAAACUCAGUCUGAUUUAAUCCAUCGACCUUAUGUAUCUUUAACAAACCUAAAAGAGAUGCAUGUUUUUCCUGAUCUUAGUCAUGAACUGCUCUCCUUGGCUGAAGAAUUAGUAGUCAAAUCUAGUAUUGUAUUAAAAACUAUGCGGCCAUUCUGGAUUACUGUACUAACUUUAUUUAGACAACACAGGUAUGUAGACUGUGUUAUGCUGCUACUUUCUCAGCUGGAAAGUGGACUUCGAUUACUUUUCACAACAGUUAAUAACUGUCCCAGCAGAUUAAUCACAGCUGAGACCUCAUUUCUGUAUACAACUUUUGAUGAGAUGUUAGCAAAACAAUUGAGUAAUGAAGAGAUCAACAAACUUCCCUUAGUGCUUGGUGAAUCAGCAAUGGAAUUUCUUUGGGAUUUCUUGAACCAUCAAGAGGGUCCUCGUAUUAGAGAUCAUCUGAGCCAUGGAGAAAUCAGCUUAAAUAAUUUCCCAAAAGAAAUAGCAAAUUCAUUGCUUGCCUUUUCUGUUACACUUCUGAGCAGGUAUUCCAAGGAUGAGAUUGCUGCAGUUAAGGAACAUGCAUUCCUAAGACCACUGGUGAGCUGUGCAAAUAACUAUUGUUCCCAGUGUCAUCCAAUAGCCCUACUAAAGAAACAGAUACUGCAGUGUGUGAAGAGCAUUAAUUUAUGGUCUGAGCUUCCUGUAGUCCCAAAUGAACAAGAAAUGACAGGAUCAGAAGACUUUGCAACUGCUCAUAUAGUUGUGAUUGCUGAUAUUUUCUCUCUUGUGCAAGUAUAUUUGCCUCAGGAUAUCAAACUUCCAGGUGGUUCUACAAACAGUCUUAUAACAGAAAUGUUAAUGGUGGAACUCUGCAGGAAGCCUGUUCGCAUGCUUUUCUGUCCACGGUCUGUUUUAGAAGUCACUGUGGUGCUACGUCAGAUCAGUGUACAGUGCCACCAAGUAUCAUGUCAAGUAAUUUCUUCUUGUGAAACAAGAUAUAACCAAUGGGUAAACAAGUCACUGCGAUCACGCCAGAGGCACAAUUAUCUGCGCUUAAGGAGGAGCAUUAAAUGUGUAUCUCGUGUCUUCAAACUGAUUUUAAUGCUGAUCACUCUGGAACUAAUCAGUAUUCAUGCUGUGUGUGACAAGAAUCCUACUGAGUAUCAGCAGUACCUAAAGUCUUUAAAGUUGAUUUUGCAGUAUAUGGAGAACUUAGUGACCUACACAAGUCCAGAGAAGAAUAAAUGGGAUGAAACUUUAGAUCUUACAUACAAAGCUUUGAUAAAAAUCAGAACAUUCUUAGAAAAACAUCAGAUGCUCAUGCAGUUAGCUAGGUAAAAAUAUUUUCCUCAUCAAACAGUAUUCUUUAUGUGCAUUGGACAAUUCUGCACUUUUUUUCCCACUGGAGAGCAUGCCUGACAAGAACUGUGUAUAUAUUUUUCGACCACAUAGGUAUGUUACUGUUGUGGUUUGGUAGGAAAUAUGUAACAAAUGAUCAGAGGAACACCGGGAAACAGCCUAUGUAGCUCUUUUAGAUAGUGAAGAAGGUGCUUGAACUUCAUUUUAUUUUGCUCCAUAAUGUAUGUAUUCUUUUUUGGAAGUGCUUUAUAAGUUAAUAGCAAUCACAUUGUUCACAAUAUAUUGAUUUGUACUUCUUGUGUCAGAAGGGCCACCGGACAUCAAAAGGGGUUCUGUUCUCUGUCAUGGUAAUGGGUCUCAAUUUACUUUCGGUUUCCUGCUGUUUCUAUGCUUUGUUACAUGUAGUGAUUUAGAAUGCACCCAAGUGCAUUCUCUUCCUGAUAUCUCUUCACACGACCUUGAAAAGUAACAGCUCUCAUAUUCCUGUUCUAUUUUGCUUUGCUUUGAUAUCUCGGAAUGGAGGGGAAGAGUGAUGGACAUAAAAAGUGAUGGACAUAGGCUGUUCUCAGAACUGGCUUUCCUCGUGGCCAUGCUGUCGUCUGUCAAUAAAGACUUCUGAUUGAAA